CUCCAGAGGCAAGAAGCUGGAAGAGGAUAAUUUGGGCCCAACGUUAAUAAAUGUAACUAGAAAUAAAUCUUUUGAUCAGGAAAUAAACCCAAAAAGGGGCAUUUCUGCUGUUGGUAAGGUUAGGAAUCCUUCACCAACUCGUCGAUUUAGCUUUGAAAUGGGCAAGUUGAGUUGGAGUCCAAAAGGGACUUCAGCAAUUCAACAUUCAGGCACCAAAGAUUCUACAGUUAAGUCCGGUUCAGAGGUAACUUCUAUUUGUGAUAAAUCAAAUGAUACUAGCAGAGCCAGAUCCAGUCCUUUGAGAAGAUUACUAGAUACAUUUUUGAAACCAAAGUCAGGCAACUCCAACCACACUGAUAACUCAUUGGAGAGAGAUUUGUCCACAACUAAUAGGGCUUUCAAAUCAUCCUCCGGACGUGGAGAAUCUCAAGCUUCUUAUUUCAGAAAUGUAAAAUUAGAUUUAAAGGGUUGCAAAACGAUAGAUAUUGAUAACCCACAUAAUCAGAAGAAUGGAUCAUCAACAUUUCAAGCUCUCCUACAAGUGGCUUUAAAGAAUGGCCUUCCUGUGUUCACAUUUGCAGUUGACAAUAAAAGAGACAUUUUAGCAGCGACUGUGAAAAAAUUAAGCUCAAGAAAAAAUGUGAACAGAUGGAUUUACACGUUUUUCUCUUACCAGGAAAUGAAGAAAAAGAAUGGACAUUCGAUUAAUCAAGUAGAUAAAGACAGAAAUCAAGGAUAUAUUCCUCAUGUUGUUGCAAAAAUGAGGGUUUCCGAUGUUUUCUCCUCAGAAUCGUCCAGUAAAAGGUCUGUUAUUAAAUCUAGCACUAGGGAGUUUGUUUUGUAUUCCGUGGGUACUAGAGACGCUGAUCAUCAAACAUCGGACAUGUUGCCUAGUAAUGAACUUGCAGCUAUUAUUGUGAAAUUUCCGGAACACAUUGACGGACAGAUAAAUCGAGAUGUCCAGCCGAGUGGUAACUCUAAAGAUGACGAAGGAAAUCUGAAUUUGGUUCUGAACAAAGACCUUUUAAGUACGACAGUAGUACUUCCUGGUGGUGAUCAUGGACUGCCUGGUAAAGGAGAACCUUCACCACUUAUCAAACGAUGGAAAUCUGGGGGAUCAUGUGACUGUGGAGGUUGGGACAUGGGAUGUAAAAUACAAGUUCUUGCUAAUCACAACCAUUCGAGUGAGAAAUGCAGAUCAACUGACAGAAGAUUCGAGCUUUUUUCUCAGGACGAAAUUUCAGAGAAUAAGCCCGUCUUCAGCUUGUCACGGUUCAAGGAUGGAAUCUUCUCAGUCGAGUUUAAUUCAUCACUCAAACUUCUACAGGCGUUCUCCAUUGGAAUAGCCAUUUUUAACAGUAUGAAACCGGCCAUCUUCGCAGAACCAAAAAACUUGGUUGGAUGCCAGACUUCUGAAGAAACUACAUUAUCAGAAAACAAUGUGGCAAAAAUUUCCAAGAAAGAGGUUUCUGCAAAAUAUGCCUCAUUUCCACCUCCAUCCCCAGUUGGAAGAGUAUAGAUUUCACAACCUUUUGUAGCUUGUUGGCUAAGCAGCAAGUUUAAACAUCAAUAAUGAUUGAUAUGUUAAAAUAUAUAUGUAAUUGAAAUGUUGCAAAUCAAUGGCAUGUUUGAAUAAGCUAAAUGAGUAAAAAAAGUUACUUAUUUUAA